AUGGUUACUGUUCGUGAGGCCCGCCUUCGCCGAGGAAAUUGGAUUAUUCAAUAUAACUUAGGUAUGGCCAUGUCCAUUUCAGCUCAUAUCAAGAUGCCUGUCGCUUUUGAUGGACUCUUGAAUAGUGUCAUUAAGUUCUUUGCUGCCCAGUACUUUGGUAGUAAGAAAUACGUAGAAUAA